UGUCACCAGUUAAGAAUGGAAGUGCGUGGUCCUCGGAGGAAUCCCAGCUACCUCUCAGAUCUCUAUGAGAACAUGUUGAAGGCUGAAGGAGCAGCGGGACGAGGACAGCAGCAGCAGUCCCCAGCAGCCCAUACGAGUAGCAGCAAGACUUUUCGGAGCAUUGUCUCAGCCAAGGAGAGCCCCCAGCCAAAUAAUCAUCCGAGCAGCACCUCCUCCAGCUGUGACCCAACCCUGCGGCCCAUCAUCCGCCGCCGAGCGAGGUCCCUGCCCACAUCACCCGAGAGGAGGAAGAGACUGCAGUGUCAGGAGCCCGGCUGCCAGAGCCGCAUGAACCGGGUCAGGUUUGCUGAUGCUUUAGGCUUGGAGCUCACUGAAGUGAAAGUCUUCCAGGCUGGGGAGGAUCCAUCCAUUCCUUUGCAUGUCCUUUCCAGGCUCUCCAUAAACUCAGACCUCUGGUACAGCAACUUGAACUUGGAGUUUACUAUGCACUGCUUGGUCCCUGACUUCCAGCAGCCUGCAGACUGUCUGGAUUUCGCAUCCCGACUCCAGGAGCAGCAGGUGUGUCUGGAACGGGUGACCAGCUCAGAUCUGGGGCUCAGUGGCACCAUCCAGGUUCGGAAUGUUGCUUUUGAGAAGCAGGUGUCCGUGCGCUACACCUUCAACCAGUGGGAAAGCAUCCACGAGGUGUGUGCUCGUUGGCACUGCAGCAUCCCAGAGAAAAACGGGCAAGAGCAGGUUGAUGUGUUCACUUUCUUUCUUCCUGUGCCUCCUUUCCUCCUUCAGCUGAGCACUUUCAUCCAGUUUGCGGCAAGGUACCAAGUCAACGGCCAGGAGUACUGGGAUAACAACAGAGGCAAGAACUACACCCUCAGCUGCCGGACUCACCCCCUGAAGCUGCCGAGGGAAUGUGAGGAGAGCUGGAUCCACUUCAUCUGA